CUUCAUACUGUGCUGUCUUUAGUAAAUUCACGGACGUCUGUUAUUUAAAUUCUCAAUGGCAUCAUCUAAACCGACCGACGAAGAUUCUCUGCUGACAGGAGGACAGAGAAGGUCCAGCAUUAGAGGUGGACGUCCCAAUUUAGAUGAGAGCCAGCCACGUCGGAGAACAUGGAGCUCAGAACUUCCUCCUAACAUGAUGUUCAUGACCAGAAUAGUGCUGGUGGGGAAGACUGGUGCUGGGAAGAGUUCUUCAGCCAACACCAUCCUGGGGAGAGAUGCCUUCAGAUCAGCUGGUCGUAUGUCAUCUGUCACCAAAGAGUGUUCUAAAGAGACGGGGAG